AUGUGCCGGGUGGGCUGGGGCCUAGCCCUGUUUUUGGGCCUUGCCGAAGCCGGUCGGCAAUCUGUGGCUGCACUCAGUAGCCAUGAAGACGUCGUGCAAUAUUUCUACGUACUCUUCCCGAAGACAGAGGAGCGACCCUAUAUUCCACCGGUGCUCGUCCCCUACAUGGCCCCAUCGCCGCAUCCACGGGCUCUGGCCUUUUUCUUGCCGGGCCCGCUGGCAGAAUGGGUGCAAAACAACAACCCCUUCCGCGACACCCAGAAAACGACUCCAUUUGAUGUGGAUCAAUAUCCGGCGAUCCCUCUAAAAGAUCUCCCUCCAAUCCCUCGAGAAAUUGCACAUCAGAUGCAGAAAAAAGUCGAGCAAUCGUUUAAUGGCGAUGCACCGAGAUCAGAGCCGGCCUCAAAUCUGGCACCGACAGCUCCGCAGGCUGCUUUUGAAGAUGCCAUGCCAAAGCCGGCUGCUCCUUCCCCGGUUGAACCAUCCGCUAGGGCCGGAAAACGCCGAUGGCAGGAUGAAGCCGUCGACGAGAUUCUCAACGAUCCCGAGAUGAGUGAGGAGCAGAUCGAAAAGUUGCUCAAGGGGCUCCUUAGCGAUGAUGAGAGGCGGAUGGUAAUGUCGGCCGGUGUGACACAUCGCGUUUCUGAGGCCCUGGCAUUGCCCAGUCUUACUCAUACUUCAACGGUCAGGCUCCUCAAGAAACGGCGGAGGAGAGUGAGGCAACGGGUGAUUAACACCAACCUCGAGCAUCUCCCAUACGAAAGUAGCCAUGCCCAAACUGAGGCGAUCGCCACAAAACCACCCCAACCCCUUGUCAGCACACAGCGCCCACGUAGACUGAAGCUACGCAGAAGAAGGAAGCGUGUUUUCAAGAAGUUAUAUGAAGCCCCCACGAUGAAAGAUUCUGCAUCAUUGCCAAGGGCUUCUCCGCCACGCGAGCGUUUCGUCAAAUUCUUCACGAGACAUAUCAAUCGGGAACAGUUGGAGGAAGAGCAAAGAAAACUAGAAACCCUGAAUCCGAAUGCCGUCUACGACAUCGCUGUGCCGUUCGUCAGCCGGACGACGAUAGCACCGACGCGGCAUCUUACGAUUCGCGUUUUGCAAAAUCAGACCGGCCCAGACACGAUUGCAUCCGACAAUGGGGCUGGUGCUGCUGUGCUGACCUCGCGAAGAAAACCGAAACAGUUAAAGGAGUCCACUUUCCUCUACUCUGACGUUGCUUCUUACGCUACCACCGAAAGCCCGAUAAGCCUAACAACGACAGAAUCACGCCUAAACGAAAACGGGGCCGAAUCGGCCGAACAAAGCACACAACUCGUCGAAGCAACCACCCAAAAAAUGAAAGGAUCCGCUGAACAUCUCUACCGACAUCGUGCACGAAUGUAUGGAAUUACAUCGAAUGUGGCAGAUAAAGAUGGAGCGGUGCUUGCCCCACCAUCACUUGCCUCAAAUCAGGCAGCCGCUAGGGCACGAUAUAGGGCCCAGGAACAGGAAAGAAUAAGACUGGCUGAACAGAUGGAAAGAGCCGAAGAAUUGGCAAAUCAACGGCUAGAAGAACAGAGAAUAAGAGAACAACGAGAAGAGGAGGAACGAUUGAUUGCUGAGGAAAAUGAGCAGAAAAGAUUACGCGAAGAAGAAGCUAAUCGAAUGGCAAUAGUGAUGGAAGAAGAACAACGAAGAGUUGAGGAAGAUAGAAUUGCAAGAGAACAAUGGGAACGAGAACUACAGCAAAAGAUUGCUGAGGAAACACGAAAAAGAGAAGAAGCUGAGAAAGCAACGAAAAGGAGGAAAGCGAAGAGACGGCACGAUACGGUGGAAGAGGAUGAGAAAUCGGAUGAGGGGACUUCGGACGAGGAGCCGUCGAUUAGCGUACUUCCGCCGGCUUCAAAUGCCGGAGCUACGGGUUUCGUCCAGAUUCCAAUGAACGAGUACGCGGCGAUACUGCAGAAGGCGCGGGGCAGCGAGUCGCAGGAUCAGCUGCGACUUCAGCAGCUACUUUCAUUACAGAAUCGUUUGCCAGAUGGAUACUCGAUGGUCCCCGGAAACACAUUAAACCAGCAGCAGUACCAGGGCUACGGUCUCUACGGGUUGCCAUAUAAUAAAAAGAAGCUGAUGGCC